CUUUUCUGUUUCUCUGAGUGCAGAGCUGAGAUACAAUAGGCCCAAAUGAAUGCGUUGCCCUGAUGCGGCCCCACGUCUCGCCAUUUUUCACCGGAUGACAGCAAGGACGACGCAGCCGGAUGGGGCAGCAUGGUUUCAAAGGACGCCCCUGAAGGUAAAAGUGCACGGCGGCGCGUCUCCUCCGCACCACCUUCGUUGGAGAAGCUGGCGUGUAAAUAUGAGACAAGUUGAAGUCACGUCACGGACUUACUAAAUGGGGUUUCUCCAACUGGGCCUGAUUUUCCACUACUUGAUCACCACGGUGGAGGGUUCAUGUUCAGCUGAUGGUGCUGUGACUUGUGAUCUUUGUCUCCAGCUCGGUCCACACUGUGCCUGGUGUACACAAGAGAAUUUUACAAACUGGUUGUCAGUCAGUGAAAGAUGUGACUCACCAGAGCGCUUGCUGGCAAAUGGCUGUCCAGAGAGCCUGUUGGAGUUUCCCAUUUCUACGGGAAAAAUCCUCCUGGAUCAACCACUUGGGAAGAAGAGUGGCAACCUGAACGUCACUCAGAUCUCCCCACAGAAAAUGGCACUGAAGCUACGACCUGGCGGUCAAGUGACUUUCCAGGUGAAAAUCCAGCACACUGAAGACUACCCUGUGGACCUCUACUAUCUCAUGGACUUGUCAGCGUCUAUGUAUGAUGAUCUGCAGAUGAUCAAGGACCUUGGCUCCACCCUGUCCAAGGAGAUGGCCAAACUUACCAGUAAAUUUCGCAUGGGCUUUGGCUCUUUUGUGGAGAAACCAGUUCUGCCCUACAUCAAGAUUACAGAAGAGGAGCUGGCCAACCCUUGCAGUAGUGCCGAUGCAACCUGCCUGCCGACGUUUGGCUACAAACACGUCUUGUCCCUUACGAGCAACACGGACAAAUUCAACGGGAUGGUCUCCGUGCAGGAUGUGUCUGCAAACGUUGAUAUUCCGGAGUGUGGCUUCGAUGCCGUCAUGCAAGCAGCUGUUUGCGGGGACAGGAUAGGUUGGAGGAAUGAUUCCAUGCGUUUGCUGGUGUUUGUCAGCGAUGCUGACUCACACUUUGGAAUGGACAGUAGAAUGGCCGGCAUAGUGAUUCCCAACGAUGGCCAGUGUCACCUGGACACCAACAAUGAAUACUCCAUGUCCACAAAGCAGGAGUAUCCAACUCUGGGCCAGUUGAUUGAUAAAGUAGUGGAGAACAAUAUCUUAUUGAUAUUUGCUGUGACAGAAAAGCAGAAGCAGAACUAUGAAAACUAUGCAAAUCUGAUACCUGGUGCCACAGUUGGAGUCGUGGCCACGGAUUCUCACAACAUCCUUGAACUGAUUUUAACGGCGUACAAAGAAUUGCGAUCAGAGAUUGAACUAGAGGUCCUUGGAGACACUGAAGGGCUCCGGAUGUCCUUUGCUGCUAUUUGUCCAAAUGGUACAGUCCUGACAGAGCUCAAACAAUGUUCUAAUGUCAAACCUGGAGAGACGGUCGUGUUCAAUGUGUCUGUGGAGCUUCCAGGAUGCCUGUCUGAAAGUCGACGCUUCUCCUUCAAGCCAGUGGGCCUCCAGGACGCUUUGGACAUCGAAUUAGAAUCUCUGUGCUCCUGCGAUUGUGGACAGCCUCCUCAGGCUGGCAACGACAGCCGAUGCACGGAGGGCCAGGGGACCUUCCACUGUGGCGUGUGCGUGUGUCAGCCGGGCUUCUCGGGAGCCGAGUGCGAAUGCAAUGAGGAAAGCGCGUUGUUGAGCAACUGCGCGGCAAACAACGAGAGCGACGUAUGCAGCGGUCAGGGGCAAUGUUACUGCGGAGAGUGUGUGUGCGACACAUCCAGCUUUGGUCUCAUCUACGGACCUUACUGCGAGUGUGACAACUACUCUUGUGCUCGCUUUCGUGGGGAGCUCUGUGGAGGCCACGGGGUGUGUGACUGUGGGGAGUGUCAGUGCCAAAGUGGCUGGACAGGGGAGUACUGUAACUGCAGCAGCAGCAGCGAGGCCUGCCUUUCCCAAGAUGGAGUCCUGUGCAGCGGCCGGGGCAAGUGCGAGUGCGGCCACUGUGUCUGCUUGGUACAGGGAGCAUCGGGGGACUUGUGUGAGAAGUGCCCCACAUGUGGAGAUGCCUGUUCAAUAGCAAGGACGUGUGUGGAGUGCCACCUCCAAGCAAAAGAGGAUGCUGAGCUGUGUGAGUUAAAGUGCAGUCUCCCCAAGAUUCACAUCAACACAACAACAGAAGUAGACAAGAGUGCCUCUGUGCAAUGCAUGCUGAUGUCCGAAAAUGAGUGCUGGAUCUCGUUUAGUGUGGUCGGAAGGGACGUGAUGACAGUCUACAAUCCUCACAUGUCUGCUUGUCCCGAAGCGCCCAACAUCCCCAUGAUCAUCCUGGGGGUCUCACUUUCCAUUGUGUGCAUUGGGCUGAUCCUGCUGGCUGUCUGGAAAGUGCUGGUGUCAGUUCACGACGGUAAAGAGGUGGCCAAGUUUGAGGCUGAGAGAGCAAAGGCAAAGUGGCAAACGGGUACCAACCCACUGUUCAGAAGCUCCACAUCUACUUUUAAAAAUGUUACCUACAGGAACAGAGAGCAGGAGAAGAUGAUUUCAAUGGACCUCUACUGAUUAUUCGCUGGAGGCAAUGCUGACCGGCAUCUGAGUGCACUUAUUCUUUGUUUGUGUGAGUGAGUGUGUGUGUCAGAGGUGUUACUAGUAUGUGAUUUUGGGUGCGUAACAACAAAAAAUGUUGCUUUUCCUAUAUAGGUCAUGUAAAUAAGCUGUGGUUUAAUUUUGGGGUGGGAGAGAAUAUAAUUACAGCAUCCAAUUUCUGCUCACCAAGUGAGCUGGUAACUUAAAAGAAACACGCAGCCUUCAAAACAUAAAAACUCAACAGUGAAACUAUACAGAAUAACUAAUAGGAAUGAACUUAAGAUAUUAACUGUUUUAUUUACUAGAUUGCUGAGUGCAGCUAGCUACAAACAAAUUUACAGCUGUUCACUUGACCACUUCUGUACCGCAUUAUCCAAGUGUCGUUGUGGUUUGCCGAUGUAAAGGAACAGCACUAGUUGAAAUAACGGUGAUUUUUGAGAUUUUUUAUUAGACAGGCAGAUGAUUCCUCUCGGUGGGCAACCACCCACAGACACAUUUGUUGUUGUGCGUGUGUGUAAAGUGAUAUCUGAACAUAUUCUUUUUUUUUUUUUUCAUGACUGCAUGAAGCCCUAAAUUGGAGUCGUAAGAGACAGAAUACUGACAACCGUAUGAACAGUCAAGACUGUGCCAUCCAUCGCUGCUGUUUAACUGCAGUUUGCCUGCAGGUGCAAAUGCACACUGUAAGAAUACACUGUCUGGUGCGUGAACCUACAAGCUUCAACAUGGUAACACACAGCUGAGAGAGAACACUAAAAUAUUUGAGUGGUCGACUACUGAGAAGAAUAAAUGUUCUUGUUUUCAUCCAAUGAAUGUAAAUGCUAAGUUUUGAUUUUCAAUGUUUUUUUUUUUUUUAUUGUAAAGUAAGGCUGAGCCUUCAAUGUUGAUAAUAAAAUGCAAUGGUGUGGCACAA